CUCUCAUUCACGGCACUGUUUGACCGAAAUGCCGGCUGGCUCCAGCCCCGGAGGACUGACCAGCCGCCGGAGAGUCGAUCUGUCCCUCCGCAGGAUCUGUUUCUUAUAGAUCCAUCGCUCUGAAACGGGGAUUCUGAACGUGACCUUGCGUUCCGGGAAUGGUGGAGCCUGAUGUACACCGGCAGACCGGUUUUCUCUUCAGUCCCGGGGGGCUAUGCCGUCCUGCAGCGAACUGCAUUGCAACUGAAUGGGAGUUGGAUUAAUGAAAGUGGGACGUGGAUUGAGGAUGAAAGAGUGGGAAGAGGAGAAGGAAUAGAAGGCACCGUCCUCUGCAUUGGCCCGCUCCAGCCCGCAUGGCCCACUCGACCUACUUCCAGAGCAGAUCGGAUGCCAUGUCCAGGACCUCCAAGUUGUAUGGAAAUUAGACUUAGGAGAUAGCAACUGGGAUGUGUUGAAGCUUGUAACACAGUAAGAAGUGGCCUUGAUUGAUUUCUGAUUUCUGUCCCUGUUUUUUUUCUGGUGCUGCACCAAGCCAGCUAUGCACACAAGCCAUUUGAAUGUACAUUGCAGUUCAAUGACUGUUUCAAGAUAACAAAGAAUCCUCCAUACAGACUGUCCUAUGCAAAAAAAUAAAAGAGGGAGGCCCAACAGCAUGAAAGGUGCUGGAGAUUAACCUGCGUGUUGGAUGUUUUGCUGACCUUUUGGAACGAUCCGGAGGUCAAGAGGUAACAGAGGGUGGGAAAUAAUCAAACCUGAGGCCCCACUUUCAUUUUAUGUUGUGUAUUCCACUUGCCUGCCAUUUUCUCCCAGCACUGUGGGGACUGCAGCUGACUAGACUGACAUGGUCGUAAAUGCUACGCUAUAGCCUGUAGGCGCUCUGUGGCCUGGAAAACAGCAGGAGAAAGCUGAAGGCUGGGAUCAAAGGUUCAGAUGAGGGACUUAUUGAAAUUAUUAACAGAGCUGAAAGGUCUUUUAACGUCAGAACAGUCUAGAUGCCUUAUCUACCUAUAAUCGAGUGAUUGAUUGUCAGUAAUGAGUAAAGAUGGUACUGUGAUCAACAACCAAGCCCUCAACAAAGCAAUAAAAACUGAAGCGCACAGCAAGAAAAAUGACAUCCAAAUAGAAUAUUUGGCCGUCAGUAACACAGAUUGUCCUCAUUAUCGUCCCAUCAUGUUUCUGAAUUGUGGUCGAUCUUUGCCCCUUUUGAGGCAUACGGACGUCCCGCCUCGGGUCACAGAGAACUUCAUCCUGAGCGGCUACCGCUUCCCAAACUACAGCCUUCAGGACUGCCUGCUGUCAGCGUUCAGGCCCACCAAUGAGACCGGCAACUUCUGGACGCACUUCCUCCCUGUGUUUAUCUUUGCAUAUUAUUUUGUGGAGGUGUUUGGUUGGGAAGGUGCGCCGCACGGCGAUGACCCUUUCUUUUAUCCGCUGUGGAAUUAUUUCAUCGGGGUGUUCUGUCUGCUCAUGGCGAGCAGCAUGGCUCAUCUGUUGAACUCCAUGUCCCUUGUGGUCAGGGAAGUGUGUUUCUUCGUGGAUUAUGGCACUAUCAGUGCCUACACUGUUGGCUCGUCCCUGGCAUACUUCUACUACAUCCACCCUCAGGCAGGGAUCAGGGAGGCGGGUACAGGAGGGUUCAAUGGCUCCCAGGUUGGUGCAGACACAGGGCCACGCCCAUUGUCCUAUGCAGUCCCAGAAUUCAGUACGUUCUUUGAGACCUUCUACAUCCCCAGCUCAUGUGUUGUUGCAAUCAUUUGCGUCUUGUCGUGCUGUAACACCCGCCAGCGGUGGAGGCAAUAUCGAUACGUCAUCCGGACCCUUGUUUUUCUCCUGCCCUUCCUCAUCUCCUCCACGCCGGUGUUCUACCGGCUCCUGACCAGAUCCCCUUACCCGGCAGCCUCCUCCUCCUUUGUCGCCUCGACCUCCAUGCCCAGCUUCUUCUACCGCCACUGCUUCUGGCUAGUGGUGUCAGCCGUCUUCAACAUAAGCAAGUUUCCUGAGCGGCUGGCCCCGGGUCGGUUUGACAUCUGGGGGCACAGCCACCAGUGGUUCCACUGCUGUACGUUUCUGUCCAUCCUGGAUGAGCUUCAUAUGAUCAAGGCCGAGCUGAAGGCCAUCCUGCUCCAGCCGAGCCUCCUGCUCCCUGCUGAGACGCUGCCACGCCUCCCAGGACCCACCAUAGCAUCCACCUAUGGGGUGAUGCUCCUCCUCCAGACCACCAUCGCCUCUAUCAUCGUGUGGUUCUCCUGGUGCGCCAACAGCAUCUAUGGACCCCAGAGAGACCAGCUAGCAAAGGAACAUCUCAAGAAACAUCUCAAGUGUCAUUAAUCGUACAGAGUUUUUUUUUUUUUUUUUUUUUUUUUUAACAAAGCUAGUAUCACUAGGUUAAAGGACCAUACCAGUUUGCAUGUUUAGUGUAAUAUCAUCAAAAUGUAUCAUAUUUCUGCUAGUCUUUAUCCAAAGCAAGCAGGUGUACUUUAGAACUCCAAUAUCAUUUUAUCUACCACUUAUCCAGUCAUUCAUCUGAAAAGUCUGUUGUGUUUUGACUUGAAAUUGAGUGAAACGGUCUCUCUGUCUGAAAACAGUCCAAGGAAAUGCUUGUUUUACACAGCCAGUUAUUAGUUCUGUGGUUCAUGAAUGGUGACAACUUUGUUAGCCACAGAAGCAGAACAAUAAGAGGUGGCUGUUUGAAGGAUUUCAAUUAUAAAAUCCAAGGAUUUCAAUUAUAUUUUGUGAAAUCUUUAGCUCCCCCACAUGACUGCCAGAAUUGUGUGUUGCAAUGUAACAUGUGGGUAAAUUGUGGUAAACAGGCCAAACUCACUGGUAUGGUCCUUUAGAUGAAGAUUUGCACAUGCUAAUGCAGCUAUGUCAGACAGAGAGGCCAGUGCACGCAAGGAAAAAAUAGACAUUAUGUUUUAUUUCUCUACCAGUUUGAAGUCUCUUAUAGAAUACCAUAUGUUCUGACCCCUAUGUGAGGGCUUUCCAAACGCUCAUGAGGGGAAAUUGGGGACAACGGGAGAUGAGAGGGAUUAUGUUUUGAGCUUGCCACAGGGUGGCUGUCCGGUUGAGUGGUUACAGAAGACCUUGCCAAUUUGGUCCCAUGAGUCACUCCAGCAAGUUCUAACAGGCUGUACGAGCAAAGGGGGAUAAUAACGUCUCAAGGGGUCGUAUGGUUGAGGCCAAGCAGCGGAAGGCGCCGGUAGUAGGAUAUGCAGGAAGAUACAUGUUCCAUGUAACAACAUUGGAAUAAUGUGGCUUAAAUGUCAGUAUGACCCUUGAGAAAACCUGCCAUUGUGUAGUCUGCUGUCGAGCUACAAGCCCGACCUCCUCUUGACCCCCCCCUCCCUCAAUUUAUCUGACCUUACAGGGAUGGUAAACUAAAAUAUGUCAGCUGAUUUCUCCUGUGUCGAACAAGCACUUUUGCUGGGGAUUAAAAAGCUACUUUCAUGUCAAAGAGUGGAGCGAUCCAGUCAGAGCACGACCUCAGUUUGUAUUCCUCCUGCUCCGGUUGGCUGACUCUUCAGCCGUGCCUGAUAUCCUGCACUAGCACACUUUAGCUUCAAUGCUAUUUUUGUGAUAGAAAAACGUAAAACAACAUAGAAUGAACUGUGAACAAAAACAAGUAAUAAAACAGUCUCAGAUAAAUAAUUAUUCCUCUUAAACCAGCAAAUGACAUUCUUUAGACAAAAUUACGGCUGUACUCCAUUUUAUUACUGUUAUUGACUUUCUGGACCUCUCAUGUCUUGGUGGAUGAUGGGGACAGUAGACAAGAAUAAUACAAAAUAGCCAAAUUCCCAUUUUGAGCUGGGUUUACCAUCCCUUUAAAGCCAGGCGUGGAUCUUUACACACUUCUGUCUCGCUGGAAGACAGGCUGAAGUCGAGCCCCUAUGCACUGAAUUCAGCACCUUUCUUUCAUAUUCAGUCAAAUUCCGUCACUUCUGACCUCGUGUCCAUCACAUAGUCUCGUCCUCUGACUUAGAUAGACCACACAAAUGCACAUAUCACACACACACACACACACACACACACACACACACACACAGAGAGAGCCUCAUUUCCUCUCUGUGUCUUAGCAGGCCUUGCAGCAGGAAGUGGGGUGGCCUUGUCGACAGAACAGAAAUAGCUGUGUGCUGCUAUCAGUCUUGCAGUGAAGCUUUUUCAGAGGGCUGCCUCCACCGGCCCUGUAAUUAUGUGUGAAAAAGCAAAGCUUGUUUCUCGAACCUUUAACCGUGCUAACAUUUCUACAGUGUAUAUGGUUAGCCUGCAGAUGUGACAUGUUUUGUUGGGCAGCUGCUGUAGUGUCUAUGUGAAAAGUCCUCAUGGUGUUGUGUGCUGUUGAGGACACUGAUGACUGUCGCCCGGCCUGCUGCGUUCCCACGGGAGCGCGUUCAGGAGGUUCCACUUCUGUUUUUUACAGAUCUCAUGUUUUCUAGUCAGCAUGAACAGCAACAAGCUGCAGGUAGAGUUCACAUACCUGAAUAGAUAUGAAAGGCUGGGUUGCACUACUAAGGACUCAUUUUUAAACCAGGUUAAAUAACAGUUUACCAUUCAGUUCUGUUGCACCAAAUUUAAAACUGUCUUUUUA